GGCAAAUGACCCAGCUCUGUGAACUGAUCAACAAGAGCGGGGAACUCCUUGCAAAGAACUUAUCCCACCUGGACACUGUGCUCGGGGCUCUGGAUGUACAAGAACACUCCUUGGGCGUCCUUGCUGUUUUGUUUGUGAAGUUUUCUAUGCCCAGUGUUCCUGACUUCGAAACGUUAUUCUCACAGGUUCAGCUUUUCAUCAGUACCUGUAAUGGGGAGCACAUUCGAUAUGCAACAGACACUUUUGCUGGGCUUUGUCAUCAGCUAACAAAUGCACUUGUGGAAAGAAAACAGUGACAACAUAAGAUCCAAUGUGCUGCCAUCUUUGAGAGCUUAUCUGAAAGAGAUGUCAUUUCUGACAGCCCCUUCGAGGAAUUGGCAUCCUUAAGCAAGCCAUAGACAAGAUGCAGAUGAAUACAAACCAGUUGACCUCAAUACAUGCUGAUCUCUGCCAGCUUUGUUUGCUGGCAAAAUGCUUUAAACCUGCUCUUCCAUAUCUUGAUGUGGACAUGAUGGAUAUUUGUAAAGAGAAUGGAGCCUAUGAUGCAAAACACUUUUUAUGUUACUAUUAUUAUGGAGGGAUGAUCUAUACUGGGCUGAAGAACUUUGAAAGAGCACUCUACUUUUAUGAACAGGCUAUAACUACUCCUGCCAUGGCGGUCAGUCAUAUCAUGUUGGAAUCAUAUAAAAAAUAUAUUCUAGUGUCUUUGAUAUUACUUGGCAAAGUACAACAGCUACCGAAAUAUACAUCUCAAAUUGUGGGUAGAUUUAUUAAGCCUCUUAGCAAUGCAUACCAUGAGUUAGCACAAGUUUAUUCAACCAACAAUCCCUCAGAACUCCGGAACCUGGUGAACAAGCACAGCGAAACUUUCACCCGCGAUAACAACAUGGGACUGGUUAAACAGUGUCUGUCCUCUCUCUAUAAGAAGAACAUUCAGAGGCUAACAAAGACCUUUUUAACACUAUCGUUACAAGAUAUGGCAAGUCGUGUGCAGUUAUCUGGACCUCAGGAGGCAGAAAAAUAUGUUCUACACAUGAUAGAAGAUGGUGAAAUUUUUGCAAGUAUUAAUCAGAAGGAUGGUAUGGUCAGUUUCCAUGAUAAUCCUGAAAAAUAUAAUAAUCCAGCUAUGCUUCAUAACAUUGAUCAGGAGAUGCUAAAGUGCAUAGAGUUGGAUGAGCGGCUGAAAGCCAUGGACCAGGAGAUCACAGUGAACCCUCAGUUUGUGCAAAAGAGUAUGGGCUCACAAGAGGAUGAUUCAGGAAACAAGCCUUCCAGCUACUCCUGAAACCAGUGACUGUGCUGAGUUCCACAGAAAAGCUGUCACCUUAGCUGUGGCAAGUGUGAGGAGGGUAGCAGGGAACAACCAAGUCUGUGCUACCUGGACAUUCAGAAAUUCAGUUUUGUUUCCACAUCUUCAGUCCUAUGUGCUUUCAAAAAACCAUUCUCUGCAAAGAAUGGAAAAAAAAAUUCAAACUAGAGUCUGUUGUGGAUUUAUUUAUCCUCAGAUUAUUAUUGCAUUAAAUUUACCUUUUUGUUUUAAUUCCUUGAACGUUGAUAUGUCUUCUGUAUCACUUUUUCCCCCUUUGUAAAGGGACAUUGAUUGUGAGCAGAAAUAGUUGGAUUUUAGUGAUUUUCAGAAGAUUUGACUCUAAAAGUUGAUAUCAGCAUAAAAAAAGGAAAAAAAAAGCGAGACUAUAGGUUUUUUUGU